UCUCUUUCCAGGCUUGGAGUGAAAAUUCUGGGGCUCUUCAGCAGUCCCCUCUCACUUGAGUGACUGCUGCUUCCUUUGGCCAUGCCAGGAUGACUGAGACGGUGGCUUUGGAAGAGUGAGAUUAUGCAAGGACUGACCAUGGCACCGAAUGAGCACUGUCUUCAAGCCUCCUUCCUAUAAAUGACAGGACCAAACCAGGCGGUGUGAUGAAUAUGCCACUGCAUCAAAUCUCUGUCAUUCCAGCUCAGGAUGUUACCUCUUCCAGAGUCUCCAGGAGCAAGACCAAAGAAAAAGAAGAACAGAAUGAAAAGGCUCUGGGGCAUUCUGUGAGCCGUUCUAGUAACAUCUCAAAGGCUGGUAGUCCAACCUCUAUCUCUGCUCCUCAUAGUUUCUCUCGGACUUCUGUCACUCCAUCCACUCAGGACAUCUGCAGUUCCAGUGCAGUGUUUUCUGAAUGUUGUCAUCACAGUCCAGUGCAGUCUGCCGUUGUCUUGAAAAAUCCUUACUGCCAGAGCAAUCUGACACAAGGGGUCACUGUGACAGUAAUCUGUCAGGACACAUUACAUGCAGCAAAGAGAAGCUCCCGUGGGCAGGAUUGGGUCCAGGCACUCAGSUCUGCUAAGAAUGUAAAGCCCACUCGCACUCUGAAAUUCUCCAAGUCCCUCAAUGACGUGGACCAGAAGGCCCAGGGCACCAGCGAGUGCUUUGACUAUGUGGAGCGAACAUGCUCGGAAGGCAAAUUGACCCCAACUCAAGAGCAGUGCUUAAGGAUUAACAAAUUUCAUCUUAAAGAAAGGAAACCGCUGAAUCUCGGGCGUCUUUCUUUUAGCAAUUCUAAACAUUCUUACAUCCCUUCCCUUUCCAACUACUCSAAUGCAUCGGGAGGAGCAGAGAACCACAGCACGGUACAUAUCCCCUUGCUGGAGGACAAGGUGGACCAUGACACCUCAAGAAGCAAAAAACUGCUGCGCUACCUUUUUUCCUUCUCCCACACUUCCAGCGCCAGCAGCCUGCAUAAGUUCCUCGAGCUGGAGAGCUAYUCCAGUCACUUCCAAGCUGAGAAAUCCUCCAGCGUGCUGGUGGAGAGCACAGACUUCUGCUCUGAUGAUAUGGGAGAUGAUGACGUCUUUGAGGACAGCACCUCAGUGAGACUGAGCACAAAAGAGCAGCGGGCACCGCUCUGUUCCGUUGAGAAGGACAGUGACCUUGACUGUCCUUCCCCCCUCUCAGAAAAAUACCCCCCUCUCUCCCCUGUGUCUACUUCGGGGGAUACCUGCAGGAUAUGUCACUGUGAAGGAGAUGAUGAGAGCCCCUUGAUUACCCCCUGUCACUGCACGGGAAGUCUUCAUUUUGUGCACCAAGCCUGCCUGCAGCAGUGGAUCAAGAGCUCUGACACGCGGUGCUGCGAACUCUGCAAGUAUGAGUUCAUCAUGGAGACAAAACUGAAGCCUUUGCGGAAGUGGGAGAAGCUGCAGAUGACAGCCAGUGAGAGGAGGAAGAUCAUGUGCUCCGUGACAUUCCAUAUCAUCGCCAUCACCUGCGUUGUGUGGUCUCUAUAUGUCCUGAUAGACAGGACUGCCGAGGAGAUAAAGCAGGGACAGACUACUGGGAUUCUAGAGUGGCCGUUUUGGACUAAGUUGGUGGUUGUGGCUAUUGGUUUCACUGGAGGACUUCUGUUUAUGUACGUACAGUGCAAAGUGUACGUACAGCUGUGGAAGAGACUUAAAGCUUAUAAUCGAGUAAUAUAUGUACAAAACUGUCCGGAAACUAGCAAAAAGAAUAUUUUUGAAAAACCUGCACUAAUGGAGCCAAACUUUGAAAGCAAAGAAAUGCUUGGGGUUCACCAUUCAGAUACAAACUCUUCACAUUACACRGAGCCAGAAGACUGUUCUGCAGAAAUCCUUCACGUCUGAUUGCUGGGUGGGAGGGAUGUUUCUGUAUGUCCUGGAGGAUCUAAAAUAUCAUUGUUUACUGAAAACUUCUCUACCUUUGUAAAAUCAGCUAACAGCUGAGGGCUGUCAGAUGAAUUUUUUUACAUUUGUGCUUUGUUGGAAUUUUUUUAAAUCCCCUUGGCAUAUCCGUCAGUAGGUUAACAGUGCUGCAUACCUCUCAACAUUUUGUCUCUUGGACUUUCUGAUCAAAGAGCCACAGGAUACUGGGUAGAAUGAGCCUUGGUUUUGGUAUCAAGCAAACCACUAGCGAACUGUCAUCAACUCUGUGGAGUCUGUUACUGUAGAAGAUGACUCAAAGUGAAUCUGGAAUAUGUGUUGUUUUUUGGUUCUAUUUUUUUGUUCUUUUUUUUUCUUUUUAGCACAACGAAGAAGGUUGUCCCAGACAUCCGGACACCGAGGGAAAUGAGAGACUAAAAUAUAACCUUCCAUUAACACUGCCACUAACAUUUUGUCUUAGGCAGCAGAUGUAAGAUUAUGCUUUACAUAUUGUGGUGAGACUUACAAAGCAUAUAGCACUUUUUAAAAUCUUUAAUUUGUAAUAUGUGUGUCCAUUGAAAAUGAAACUUGAAAGAAUAUUGAAAGUCAUUUUGAAAACAUUUCUUUUUUUCUUUACCCUCUCCAUUCUACUGGAACAUAAACCUCUUGCCUUAUAAAAAAAAAAUUAAAAAAAAAAAGCCAACAUGAUUUCCAGCAAAUUCCCACGUUCUCUUACUAAACAUAACACUAAAAACGCUGCCUCUUUGGGUUUCCUUUGAGGAGUGAUGUUUUCAAAGGAUAUUGCACUUGUGACUUGUACAUGGAGAGUAGUGGAUGUGUAAAGUGUUUGUUUUCAGUGCAUAAUGGAUUCGGUGCUCUGUUUUGGGGGCUGGAUUUAGCUUUCUGCUUGUUUGCUUGUUUUAAAGAGGUGUCUCCUACCACCGGCAGACCUGAACAAGUACACCUGAUGUAACGUGCAUUCAAACCAAAGGGUUUGGUGCURCCUUGGUAAAAAUGUGAAAAGACCUUUAUUAGUCAAUACAGCUGAACUU